AUGAAAGAAUAAGGAGAUAAUUCUGAUUUGAAUCAUGUACCAAGAAAUCACGAUUCAAUAAAUAAUUUUAUAAAUUAUAGUUUAAAUAAAAAUGAAGCAAUUAAAGAAUAAGAGUUAGCUAUGAGCCAAUGGAAAGGUUCUAAUAAAUUAAAGGGAGCAAUUUUUUAUUUUAUAGGAGGAUUGUACCUAUUAAUUGCAGGUAUUGUUUUUGAAGUAAAAAAUAAUGAUAUAACUGAGAUAAGAGUAGAUUAUUAUUCUUUACCAGAUUGCUCUAAUUAUGGUACAAAAUGCUGCUUUACUUUUAAUGUGCCUAAUCUUAUGUCAGGGCCAGUUUACCUUUUUGUAGAAAUGAAAAAUUAUAAUUAAAAUACUGAUACAUACUUCAAAAAAUAUGAUGCUUCAUAAUUAUAUUCUAAUAUUAAUGGUGAGGACACAGGCGAUUGCAACCCAUUUACAACAAAUUAAGAUAUACUUGGUAAUAAGCCUUAUAUUGGUUUCAAAAGUAUUGAUGGUAAAACUGAUUUAAAUCCUUCAAAUAUUGCUUAUCCUUGUGGUAUUAGAGCAUAUGAUGUAUUUUAAGAAAAAUUUAGUGAUAUUAGGCAUUAAACAUCUGGUUAAAGUUAUGAAUUAAGUUAUACUGGAAUAUCUUGGUAAUACGAUGUAGAUAAUAUGAAAAAUCAAUAACCUAGUUAGCAAUGGCUUGAUUUGGAGUUUGAACCUUAUUAAAUUUGGAUGAGACCAUCAGGGCUUUCAAAAUUUCGUAAAACUCUUGGUAAAAUCUAAUCUGAUUUAUAAUCUGGAACAUAUAAUAUCUGCACAACAAAUACAUAUAAUCUUUCAAUUUACGACUCAUAGAAAGCAUUGAUCCUUUCUAACGUUAACUCCACAGGAGGAAAAAAUUUAAUGUUAGUUGUAAGUCAUCUUGUAGGAGGAUCUGUUGCUAUACUUGGUUCUGUAGGACUUCUUUUAUGGCACUAUAAAAAGAGGCUUCCAUAAUGA